AUCAGAAGAAGAAGAAGAAGAAGAAGAGUAAGGAACAGCUAGGCAGAUGCUCUCCAGACCAGCAGGCGGAGACGUCUCUCUUCACGCCGCUUCUGUUUUCCUCUCUGUCUUGUGACUCUUCAGUCACCAGCACCGAAAAUGUUUCGACACUUUCUGACUCUGCAGCAGGUCUCCAGACGGCAGAUCUCCAGCACCGUCCGCAGGCAGCUGGUCAACAAGGUGCCAGACAAACAGAAACUCUUCCAGGAGACCAAUGGGAUGCCAGUUCAUCUGAAGGGAGGAGUCUUUGAUGCUGUUCUUUACCGUUCAACUAUGGGUCUCACAGUGCUAGGAACUGUAUAUGUCAUAUAUGAGCUACUGAGGGCAGCCCUCCCUCAGAAGAAGAACUGAUGUCGGCUCUUGCCAUCCUUUCUGGCCCAUUUCUGUGGGAAUGUGACGUUAUGAGUGUUUCACACAGUAUAUUUAUUUAAUUUGAAAGGUGAAAGGGACCAAAGUGGUUUGAAUUAAAUAAACUGUGCCUAUCAUAAACAAACACA